AUGUGGGAACGGCCCGAAUCCGAAGAAGGUGUGCAUCGUGUCCGUGAAAAAGUUCGUGAGGAUACAAGAAUGAGAUUUGAGAAAUUUAAAGUCUGGGCCAGAGAGAAUUUAGGAGUUUUAUCUGCGAUUGCAAUUUCCAUCGCGGGAAUUAUUACGACCGUCGUCGUCGCCGCCGAAAAAAAAAGACGUUGGUCGGUGUUGCAAAAGGGGUGGGUGAAGUUGGAAAAGCGAUGGGUAAAAUUGCAAAAGCCGCACUUCCCGUGAUCGUUCCCAUCUUGAAUAUGUUAGCGACCAUUUUAAAAUAGGGAGGAAAAGGAAUAGAAUUUCUUGCGAAAAAUCUAUGGAUUCUUGCCAUUCUCAUCGCAGGAUACCUAUACAAUUAUUUCAAGAAAAAAUAAAAAUUCUUUUAUUUUCAUUCCCAUUAAAUAAAAGAAUGGAAAGUCGUACGCAAGAACUGAACCCUAGUUUUAGCCGUCGAUCCAGGACGGAACUAACUGGGAAUAGAACGAGACAUCUGAUCAUGUUCAAUCCCAAUUCGGCCAAACCCGGGGAAGAGAUCUAUGUGAAUAUUCCAAAACUCAAACCGGAUUCUGUUCUGUUUCCUGAUAGUAUGGCCUUAAUCUUCGACUUUAAAAAUGCUAACGAAAAAUCAUGGUUUCGAAAUAACUUGGGAAAAUUAUUGCAGAAAAGAUUAGAGAUUCGUCUUGCCGGUGAAAAAGUCUACGAUAACAGCGGGGAAAGUUUACUGGAAAUUUACAAAGACUUGUGGAUGGAUGGAAAACAACGCGCGGAUAUGAUCCAGGAUGGAAUUACGACCGAAGCCGUUCGUAAGAAAAUCUCCAAGGACGACGAGGCAAACGUCGAUGCCGAUGCGACUGCACUUUUUGGAAUUUUCGGAACGAAACAACGGUUGAAGAUUACGAAGAUUUUAGGCGAUCACGGAUUGUACGCUCCGUAUCAUUCGGCCAACGAUCUUCAGUACGUGAUCACGUUACCACAAGCGUCAGAAAUCAUGAACGCCCAAAGCGGGGAAAAUGUCGAAGGGUAUUCUUUGGAAAAUUUAGAACUGGAAUACGAAAGUAUCGAAAAUAUAAAUCUUGCACGAAAAUCUGAAAAUCUCUACGGUGCCGAACGCGAAUUAUCUUUCGAACAUGCAACGUUAAUAAAAAAGACCGAAUGGGAUAAAAGUUUAACGAUCGUUAACGAAACCGUCAAUCUUCCACGACGAAGUAUGAAAGCCGUCGUCAUGCUUUUCACGGAAAAAACACCGACCGAUAGUGAAGAAUAUGUCUUUCCAAAUAUCGAUAAAGUCAAGGUCACGAUCGAAGGUGUUCCAAACGUCGUGUACAGUCAGGGCAUAUCGAAGACGAGGAUGUACGAAGAAGCCAAACGUCUUUUUGGAACCGAUGCAAACGGACAACAAUCCCUGAUAAAAUUUUACAAGGAUAAAAAAUUUGCACUGGUCAUCGACUUGCGGACGGCAAACGAUGCGAAAACCUACGGAAACGGAGUGAAAAUUCAAAAUACACAAUCUGGAAUUCUGAUCGAAAUUACGAAGAAAGCAACGACCGCCAACGUUCUCUGUUACACGUUCGUUCUUUCCGACGGCGUGAUUAAAAUGAUCAACGGACAAUUGAGUGGCGUACGAUAUUAACUUAUCGCGAUAACUUCUUUUUUCAUAUUUUUUUCGAAAAAAUAUGAAAAAGAUCCCUAUUCCGUUUUUUCAUCCUCCUCUUUCACGUCUUCCGUUCUUUUCUUCCGCACACGUGUUUCACCGUCGUCACGCCGCCACUUAAAAUUCCUAAAUACGGAAUGUACGGCGAUAUUUUUUCAACCAGACUGUUCACGUAGAUGUAGAUAAAAGAUGUAGAUAAAACUUUAUUUAAACAGUCACGCUAUAACCCCUUCAGCAUUUGCUGAUUUCCAAGAGGGGCGUGAUGAUAAAAUAUAUACAAUAGUUAUACACCUACAUAUUAAAUUUUACAAUUAGUUAAAUCAUGAUUAAAUAAAGAUAUAAUAAUAGAUUUAAGACUGCAGCCUAGUAUCAGAAAUCAACGAAUUGAAUAGAUUUAAUGAAUUUGCGCUUCUUAACUCGCAAGGUAAGCUAUUCCAGAGUUUUGCUCCACUAUACCGGAUGCUAUUUUUCAAGUAUUCUGUUUUUGGUUUUGGUAAGUAAAACUUGAAAUCAUGGUCUCUUAAAUUGUAAUUAUGUUGAGGAGCAGAUGAGUCUUCAAAGAUAUCGGUUAAAACAGGUGGUGCUUGCGCAUGAGCAAUUUUGUACAUAAACUUGCCCCUAAAGAUUAAUCUGCGUUCUUUUAACGUUUUCAAUUUCAAUUCAGACAAAGCGGCUUCAGACUGACCAUGCUCAUUUCUAUAUCCUAAGAUGACCCUUGCUGCCCUAUUUUGAAGUACUUGUAAUCGAUUUGUAAGCGUGGUACCAAUUGGAUCCCACACAAGACAGCAAUAGUCAAAAUACGGUUGAACAAGAGCAUAAUAGACGGAUAGGAGAGUGAGACGGUUAAAAUAUGGCCUUAGUCGUUUUAUAGCCCCAAUUCCAGCUGCUACCUUUUUACAUAAUUCAUCUAAAUGACUAUCCCAAGAUAAAAAUUGAUCAAUUAGAAUACCUAGCGACUUCGUUUCAGUUACACGUUUAAUGGGUUUUUAAUAACACGUUUAAUUACACGUUUAGUUACACGUUACACGUUUAAUCACACGUUACACGUUUAGUUACACGUUACACGUUUAGUUACACGUUACACGUUUUAGUUACACGUUUAAUCGCUUUUUAAUAACGUGUCCUGACCCAAUUCCUCUUUUAAUUCUUCACCGCUAUCGAUCAUGCGAAGAUUUUCCAGUAAUCCCGAAAAUUUUUCGAUCAAUGUUUCCGUGAGAAGAACGUUGGCCUUUUCACGUUGACCGAGGAUGUAUUCCCGCUUGAUUUUAAAAAUAACUUUUGGUGUUGCCUUUUUCAAAUAAUUCUCGGACUGAUUAAUUUCACCCGCGUUCGAUAACCGAAUUAAUUCGGCUCGCGUAUCCUCGAAUACUUCUUGUUCCGUUUCACCAAUUCGCUCGUACGGUUCUUGAUAGCCUGCAUGGCAGGCGGUCUAAAAUACCGCCUGCUGGGUUUAGCAGUGUAAUUUGAUAACCGCCCACUUUUUUGUCUGAGUCCAAUUAGCCAAUCAGCAAACACUAAAUAUAUUUAUAAUCAAACUGUCAAACUAUGUUGUUGUUUGGUCGCAAAAUUGCAAAUGUAUAAAAAUAUGUCGACAAGAGGUAGAAAAGCAAGCGCGGAAAAUGUAAAUGACUUGUCGUUUGUUUAAGUGUGCUUUGAAAUUAAAAUACGGGGCAAUAUGCCAAUAGAGAAAAUAUCUUAUAUUCUUAUAUAUCGUUGGAGAAAUUAUUUAUUUAAGGCAAGCAAAAGAAACGUUACGACAGUGGUAAAACCUUGGCCGAAAUAAGCCGAAUUGCCGGUUCAGUUCAUUUAGGAAUCGAAGUUAAUUCUACCUCGGAACUAUCCGACCAAGUUUGUAAACCGUGUGAGCGAAAUAUCCGAAAUGCAAGCGAACUGAUUGCCAUAAUCAAACGAGACAUAAACGCGUUGCCUGUGUACGUUCAAACAAAUAGACAGUUGUAUAUUAAAAACCUCAGUUGCCAAUAUGAACUGUCUCGUCUGAGUCGUCUCCCUAACGAAGCCGUGUGGUAACGAAAGCCUUAAAAAGUUCAGAAAGUGAAGCGGCUAUUAAUAGGCAUAGGCGUAAUAGUCCUGUUAUAAAACCCGUUGCAAGAAAGAAUAUACGGCCGUCUGUAUCUAUUCUCGUUAUAUUUUCUCCCGCCAACAAGAACAAUGUAAAAAUCAAGCUUUUCCCAUAGAAUGGUCAAAACAUUCUUUCCAAGGAGUAAAUCUUUAACUGCUAUCUCUUGCUCGCGUUUGACAAUCAGUUCGCGUUUCGACUUUCGAGAAGCGUUCAGUUUUACAACACCUAUUAAUUAAAGCGAACGCAUGCAUCAUUAAAGUGUCAAACGUAUGUUUACAUAUUAAAGUGCAUUCACUUUUGAGUGACAGCGGCUCAGACUCGCAGCCAAUCAUCAAUUCCCGUCCACUGGUGGACGGGGAAUUCGAUUACACUGCCAAACCCAGCAGGCGGUAUUUCCCAGGCUUGCCCAAUUUUAGGAACCGCCUGCCAUGCAGGCUAGGUUCUUGACGGAUUUCGUACUCGCACAAUCGUCCAGGAUAAUCAACGCAUCUUUUCCCGAUGCAUAAUUCACGACGGAUUUCAACGAAUCUUCCACAUCGUCGUGAUUACACGAAACGAUGAAAAAGUUAGGAUCGUCGUAGAUAAAAUUCUGGUCGUACGUUUUAUUCCAAUGAUACGUCGGACAGAUUAAAAAAAUCUCUGAAAAUUCACGAAAAUACGUCGUCUUCAAUUCCACGAUCAGGUAAUGGGUUUUUCCACAUGCCGUCAUUCCCACGAUGAUCAUAUUAAACGGUUUCAUUUAAUUAAAGGAUGGGAUGUCUUUCUUCAAAAUCCGAAAAAACUCGGAAGCAAAAUAAAAAUCAUAAGAGACGAAAAAUGUUUAGUCUGGGGUUGGGUUCGAUCGCGGGGAUGCAACGACCAGCAUUCAUACACAGAUCGGAUAUGUCAGUACGACCGUUAAAAAUUACGACGGAAGAAUAAAAGAUGAAAUUAUUCCUGUGGAGGAUAUUGUUCUGGACGAGUCUGAUCAGUUGUCUUCUGAUCCCGAUCACGUUCGAACUCUUGCUGGUAAUGAUCAUCCUGAAUAGAUUCUAGAUGAUACGACCAUCUAAAAUUCACUAUGCAGACGGCGACUAAACCGUUAAUUCUUCUUCUUUCCUUCCUUUCUUACGACACAUUUUGAUCAACUUUGUGCUCACAAAUAGUAUGACGGACAACGCAGACAAUGCACAGGCGGCACACGUCGCAUACAAGACGUUGGCUUCUCUUUCCGUCAAUCUUACGUUCGGAAUUUCGGUUUCGUUGCUACCCGCUAAUUUCAUGGCCGAAUAG